CAUUAUCUUCUCAAAAACAUUGUUAGAGUUGCAUAAACUUCUUCCCGUUGCUUUCAAGUUUUUUAUUUAAGAUUUGUUCGCAAGAAGAAGUCCUUGAAAGAGUAGUUUGCACUUGCAGGUUCUUCUCCUGUCGAACAGUUUUGCAGAUUGAACCUUUAGAUUGAGGAUUAGCGGCAAUGGCAAUGGCUUCCCUGAACGUUUCUUGCUCAAAUUUGGGUCUCACUUUUCCACAAGAUCAGAAAUACGUUAAUGGCUUUGAUGGCGUACGGAAUUCAUUUGCGGUGAGAACAGGGAAUGCAUUGGGUCUGUCCGUUAUUAGUCUGACUAAAAGAUCAAGCUUUAGUCAGAAGGGUGAUGUCAGUGCAAGGGCUGCAGUAAUCUCGGGGGAAAUUUUGCAACCCGGUGCUAUAGCAUUUGAAGAACUUUCAGCCGAGGUUGUUCCAACUGAUGGGUUUUCAGCCGAUAGCGAUGAGUUUAGUGAGGAGUCUCGGCCAGAAGGAUUUUCCACCAUUCAAGAGGCUAUUAAAGACAUCCAAGAUGGAAAGAUGGUCAUUGUAGUUGAUGACGAAGACGGAGAAAGUGGGGGUGACCUGAUAAUGCCAGCAACGUUGGUGAAACCUGAAGACACUGCUUUUAUGGUGAAGCAUGGAACUGGGAUCAUUUGCGUGAGCAUGAAAGAAGAAGAUUUAAGGAGGUUACAAAUUCCGCAAAUGGUAACACAGAAUGAGGACGAAAAGCGUGCAGCGUUCACAGUCUCAGUGGAUGCUAAACAUGGCACAAACACUGGAGUCUCAGCAGAUGAUAGAGCAACAACCAUACAGGCUCUUGCAUCUAAAGAUUCAAAUCCUGAGGAGUUCAACCGACCGGGGCAUAUCUUCCCUUUGAAAUAUAGAGAAGGGGGUGUUCUGAAAAGAGCUGGUCACACAGAGGCUUCAGUCGAUCUUGCUGUGUUGGCUGGGUUUGGUCCAGUCGCGGCUCUUUGUCAGAUAGUGGAUGAUGAUGGUUCCAUGGCUAAAUUGUCAAAGCUCCGGCUUCUUGCAGAAAGAGAGAACUUGAAAAUCAUAUCCAUAGCUGACUUAAUCAGCUAUAGGAGCAGGAAGGAUAAAUUGAUUGAGCCAGCGUUUCCUGCACGAAUGCCGACUAUGUGGGGGCCGUUUUCUGCUUAUUGUUUUAAAUCGGUGGUGGAUGGAAUUGAGCAUGUUGCCAUGGUUAAAGGUGAUAUCGGGGAUGGGCAUGAUGUUCUUGUAAGGGUACACUCUGAAUGUCUAACAGGAGAUAUAUUUGGAUCAGCUAGAUGUGACUGCGGACCUCAACUUGCACUUGCAAUGCAAAAGAUUGAGGCAGCUGGGAGGGGUGUUUUAGUAUACCUCCGUGGACACGAGGGAAGGGGAAUCGGUUUAGCUCACAAGCUUCGAGCUUACAAUCUACAAGAUGCUGGUCGUGAUACUGUAGAAGCCAAUGAAGAUCUCGGAUUACCCGCUGAUGCAAGGGACUAUGGUAUUGGUGCACAGAUAUUAGUGGAGCUUGGUGUGAAAUCAUUGAAGUUAAUGACAAACAACCCGACGAAAUUCGUUGGGCUGAAGGGUUAUGGUUUGGCAAUGGCAGGACGUGUUCCGUUGGUGACUCCGGUAACAAAUGAAAACCGGAGAUAUUUGGAGACAAAACGUUCAAGAAUGGGACAUAUUUAUGGUACUGAAUUCAAUGGACUUCUAGCUGAUCUUGUCAAUAGCAACGAUACUCUAUAAGACGAUAACCAAACUAUGAGCAGAUGGAAAGCUGCAUUCUUUUUCUUUUGAAACGCAAAUAAGGAUUGGCGAAUUGUUCGAGCUCAUCUUUUCGAUUCUUUUUAUGUUUAUGUUCUUCUUGUAUUGGGCCAAGAGUGUUAUUACGCUGAGAUUUGGUCUUUAUUCCCAGGUUAUUAAGCUGGAAUUGUUUCAAUCCAUUAUGUUUCUUUUGCUUUGUGAUGUCAAAGAAACACUAUUCUUUUUUUUCCAUCCUAGUUUGGGGCCUAUAAGAUUUAUUUGGGCCUGCCAUUACAAGACAAAAAAAAAGAUAUUUUGACAUAUAAUGAAAACCCCUUUUUCCCA